AAUAAGCUACUAAAAUUUUGACAAACCCUAAACUGCAACAAAGACAAGCCAUACAUUUCACGUCCACAGCAUCAUCAUCAAACAUCCAUAGCAACGCAACCACAGGAAAACCCUAACCCUAAACUCCUCACUUAAUGACUGUCGCAGCUCCAAAUCAGGCAGUAAUGCUUUAGAAAACCCUGAAUUCUACCCUAAAGUCUGCAUCUUGACGGUCACAAUGACCGGCGAUCGCCGAGAGGCGACUUCGGGUUCCUUCGGCGGGAACGGUGUGGUGUCUUCUGGAGAUACCAACAAGUCGACGCAGGCUUUGGCGUCCACGUUGCCGAGCCAGAGGCUGAGGCUGAACCCCAGCAAGGACCACAAGCCGGAGAGCUACGAGGAUCUGCAACUGGAUUACAGUCCCUCAGUUUUCAGCUCACUCGAGCGUUACUUGCCGCCGAACAUGCUUUGCGUGAGUCGGGACGAUAAAGUCAAGUUCAUGAGGGAAAUUCUCUGCAAAUACUUGCCGCACGGAGAGCGAAUCAGAGCUCAGAGGCAUAGAGAAUACAGGCAGAAGAUAAUAUCAAAUUAUCAGCCUUUGCAUAGAGAGUUAUAUGCUAUGCAGCCUGCAACCUUCUUUGUCCCUUCAUUUAUCAAAGCUAUUAGUGAUAAUACAGAGGAAAGCUUUAGAAGGUUAGUGUCAGAGCCCUCACCAGGUGUGUUUACAUUUGAGAUGCUGCAGCCACACUUCUGUGAAUUAUUGCUGGAAGAGGUUGAAAAUUUUGAGAAGUGGGUAAAGGAAACAAAAUUCAGAAUCAUGCGACCAAAUACGAUGAAUAAUUACGGUGCUGUUCUUGAUGAUUUUGGCCUUGAAACCAUGCUUGAUAAACUUAUGGAGGGUUUUAUUCGGCCAAUGUCUAAAGUUUUCUUUCCUGAAGUUGGUGGAUCUACUCUGGAUUCUCAUCAUGGUUUUGUUGUUGAAUAUGGUAUCGAUAGGGAUGUUGAGUUGGGCUUUCAUGUCGAUGACUCGGAAGUAACUUUGAAUGUUUGUUUGGGUAAGCAAUUUUCUGGUGGAGAAUUGUUUUUUCGGGGCACGCGAUGUGAUAAGCAUGUAAAUACGGGAAGUCAGUCAGAGGAGAUCUUCGAUUACUCUCAUGUACCUGGUCGAGCAGUGCUUCAUCGUGGUCGUCAUCGGCACGGUGCCAGAGCGACUACAUCUGGUCAUAGGAUCAAUCUACUGCUUUGGUGUAGAAGUUCUGUCUUUAGAGAGAUGAAGAAAUAUCAAAAGGAUUUUUCAAACUGGUGUGGAGAGUGCUUUCGAGAGAAGAAAGAGCGGCAACGUUCAUCAAUUGCUGCUACCAAAACGGAGUUGCUUAGGACGGAGGGGGAAUCCGCAACAUGAGCCAUCUUGUGUGAAAUUCAUGGUGUUGACUAUGACAGUAGCUUUAGUUGUAACUUGGAAAACCCAGCACUGGUGAUGGUAUCCCACCUUGAAGAAGUUUUUACUUCAUCUUGACAUACAAUGUGUGUAAAAAUUGUGUGCAGUGAAGUGAAUAAUCUUAUUACUUGUAGAAACACUGCAGAGUAGAGGACUCAUGUAAGAUAACUUUUCCAGUGUGAUUUGUGCUUGUUGAUUAACAGGACACACUGUAUUUUGUGGAAACAUGUAUUCAAAAACCAGUGUCAUUGUCAGUAAUAAUGUAAUUUACCGUUACGUGAUAUGAUGAAAGGAUUAUGUCCUU